AUGGAGAAGCCGGCGCCAAAGGUAAUAUAAACAUUUACAUAAAAGACCUUUCAGAAUCUUGUUUUGGACAUAACUUUGUCUUUGAGGGAUCAUAACCUGCGUAACUUGCUGAACAAACUACCAAGGGAAGUAAGUUUUUUGAAAACUUUAAUUUUCUUUGCCUUUUUUAUAGAUUACUCAUAUUUUGCAAUCAAAAAUCUCACCGUUCCACUCGGCCCAGUUUUAUAUUCGCACGGGAAGACUGUUGAAGUAUGAUUAUGAUGAUUUUCGAGUAUUCUGUGUGAAGAAUAAAGUUGAUAAGUCUUACAACUUGGGGGGUAAUUGGAUUUUAACCUUCCACAAGUGAGUUGAGUCCUAUUCUAACCUAAAUUCCGUUGAAGUUUUAUGCAGAAAGCUGAUGAAGCCAUGAAUCCUGCCGACGCAUGUUCUGUGAAAGAAUACUUGAAUAAUCCUGAUUUCAAUCCAUAUGGGGCUUCAGUUAUCUUAUACACACAUGUUUAUGUAAAGGAAAAUGAGACAUUUGUCUGUGGAACCGAUUUGCUUCAAAUUGAUGACGACAAUAUGAAUGAAUGUACCGUGGAAAUAGGGAGUUUAAAUCCUGAGGCUGCUCUGCCAGACGAUGUUUCGGUGAGAGCAAAGCUUUAUGAGCCGGUAAGUAGGGAGGCUUACUGUAUAGGCGGUUGGUGGAAAGACUAUUUCGGGAUUUAUUAUAUCGCAAAUACAAUCAAAUUACAGUUUAUCAACAUGGAUGUCCCCGAGAUAGACCUUGAUGUAAACGGAUUGUUCUACUUUCUUCUCUUCUCUCCAAAUGGAACUCGAAUUAUGUGCAAGGAUCUGAGUUCGGAGGAGGACGCUGGAGAAGUUUUUAGUGUGAAUCAUCCUCCGGUGAUCGAAGAACAUGAAGUUAGACAAAGGAUGUUGGCUGUAGAUGGAGAUCAUGUCUUCAUUUUUAUCAGGACAUUCAAUGCGUUACAUUAUUUUAACAAAGCGACCAGAGAACAGGUUACGAAACAGGUUGAUGGAGAUCGUGAAGUGAGUUGGAUGUUUAAUAUUGUAAAUUCAAUGUCUUGACAUCUAUUUUGUAUUGCUUCAGAUCACUGAGAGGAUAUAUGCUCUUGGACCGAAUGCCAUCAUCUUUUAUGCCUCCGGAUUUCGAGUUGUGAACUUCCAAGGCUCUGGAGAUCCGUUAUCCUCUAUUACCAGAUAUGAUUAUCCCCUUAUUUCGUAUUCAUUACCAUCUGUGAUGAAUCGAAGCAUCUUGUUCAAGGAUGACAAAGAGUUAGUUGUUGAUGGGUAUAAUCACCUUAAAGUAAGCGAAAAGAACCUUUAUUUGUUUCUUGUUCUUUUCUUUAUAAUAGUAUUUAUCUUUUAUUUAUUGUGAUGGCACUGCGAUAUUAUUUUAGGUAAUGUAUCUGAUUGGUGAUCAAUUAACCUCUAGAAAUCUGUUCUUGUGUCAUCCAGAUGACAAGAUUAGAGUGUCAUCUUGUCAACUUUUUCAAAUCGAUGAUCUGGAGACCAAUCAGACCUCAAAAUACUUUUUGGAAGCACCUGAGGGUAGGUUUUAUAAACCUGGUCUUCUGAUGUUUUAGCCGAACCGAUUCUAUUCUAUACUGGUAAAAUGAAAAGUCGCUUUGGAAUUUAA